GAGUCCCUGAGUUGAUAUGGUUAUCUCUGGGCCAGCUCAACUAACUUUGUACUUACUCACAUUGCUGCUUGCACUUUGGUUUGAAGUUAAGUGAAGCCCUGCUAGGUUUCGAUUCUCUUGCCUGGACAUUUUCUGCGUGACAAUCACCGGACCUGAAUUCGGUCUAGAAUCUAGAGCUUCAGUUGAGUCUCGAUCGUCGACUUGGCCGGUAGUUGUUUUGAGCUUGGUCCUGGAAGGUUACUUCGUCCGGAUCAUCCAGUGAUAGUGAUUGUAAUUCGGCUGUGCAGUGCAAAGGUUUCCAUCUCGUGUGCCGUUGGAAUAUUAAGUGUGUUUUCUGGGUGCGGUUCCUUGAAGGUUCCUAGUGUAAAUUGUGACGUAAAACAGUCGUCUCGGUUACAUUUCAAUUGAUCGGUAUAGAAGAUUGUGUGCGGAUUUAUUUACUACGUGUAGUGACGAGAUUGAUCAAGUGUAACGAGAUUUUAAGAGACGAACAAACCACAGCAAUAAUUUUUCUCGACGUAUACCUGAGCGAAAUCCGUGCCAAAAUCGAGAAACACGUGGUGGGACCAGAAGAAAGGAGGAGCUGCAACUGAAAAACCACAAACAAGUUCGAGAGGAUUGUUUUGCUCCAUCCAUCCAGACUCCAGUGGGUCCAUGGACGUAAGAUGAUUGUAUUACCGGUGAGAAUCGUCGUUUCGUGCAUUGACAUCGUCGUUCAACAGAAGCAUCAGAAGUUGCAACAGCAUUAUUGUCAGCUUCAAUUAUAAGGUGACAGUUGAAAAAAAAAAACAGACUCUAUCAGUGUCCAGUUCCCCAGAGCAUUUACUAUCGAAGAUCAGGAGAAGGUUGAACCCCAAAAAAAAAAAACAAAAUAGCCAGUGCCAUUCACCGAAAAGAGGAAGCGGAUCAUCAUAAAUUAACCGAAAGAGAUUUUCGGGACUGUGCGGUAAAAAACGACGGCGACCCCGGACAACACAGCAGCAACAAAUUGCCAUCUGCGCAUCGUGAGCCGGAAAUACCAUAAUGACAAUCAACACCGACGACCAGUUCGCUGAUAGUGAAGCCAAAAGUAACAUCUCGACCAGAGGACAAUUGUACGAAUGCACGUGGCGGCUUAGUUGCGAGUCGAGGAACUACGAUUUUUCCGCCACUUCUUAUCGAUACAGCUCCAGCAGCUACCAGGAAGCGGACGAUGGGAUCAGUCCCAUGACCGGCAACGACAAAGCCACCCUUAUUCAGGUGUGGAAGCCCAAAAACUAUGGCUCGGUCAAGGGCCAGAUCCCGCAGCAGGAAAGGCUAACAUACACGUGGAAGGAGAUCGACGUUUUCGGCGAAACCCCGUCUGAUAGCAGCAAGAAAGAAUCCAUUUGCUCUCGGUUGUGCUGUUGCUUCACAAGGCAGAAGAAGGACUUCAAUCCGCGCAAACACCUGCUCAAAAAUGUCACCGGAAUGGCCAAGAGUGGGGAACUGCUAGCGGUGAUGGGAAGUUCCGGUGCAGGGAAAACGACCCUGUUGAAUGCGCUUUCCUUCAGAUCUCCGCCCGGGGUUAAGAUAUCGCCAAUGUCGGUUAGAGCUUUGAAUGGCGUUCCGGUUAAUGCCGAGCAAUUGCGGGCACGUUGUGCUUACGUACAGCAGGACGAUCUAUUUAUUCCGGCUCUCACCACAAGGGAACACUUGAUCUUCCAGGCAAUGUUGCGAAUGGGCAAGGAUGUUCCCAAAAGUAUCAAGUUAGUACGCGUUGCAGAAGUACUACAGGAACUAUCGCUUACCAAGUGCGCCGAUACGGUCAUCGGAGCUCCUGGACGAAUCAAGGGACUUUCUGGAGGGGAACGGAAACGGCUGGCUUUCGCCUCGGAAACCCUGACCGAUCCCCAUUUGUUGCUGUGCGAUGAACCCACCUCCGGGCUGGAUUCCUUCAUGGCUCACAGCGUGCUCCAGGUGCUCAAGGGAAUGGCCAUGAAGGGGAAGACCAUAGUUUUAACGAUACACCAGCCGUCUUCGGAGUUGUACUGCCUGUUCGACAAAAUCCUGCUGAUGGCCGAGGGUCGAGUGGCGUUCCUCGGAUCACCCUACCAGGCGUCGGAGUUCUUUUCACAGCUCGGAAUUCCGUGCCCACCGAACUACAACCCGGCCGAUUUCUACGUCCAGAUGCUGGCCAUCGCACCGAAUAAGGAAGCCGAGUGUCGGGACACGAUCAAGAAGAUUUGCGACAGCUUUGCUGUAAGUCCGAUUGCCCGGGACAUUAUGGAGGUGGCCAAUGCCGGCAAAAACGUCGAAGAACAGUACUACCUGCAGCCGAUGAACGGAGUCAGCAAAACUGGGUACAGGGCCACCUGGUGGACCCAGUUCUACUAUGUCCUAUGGCGAUCCUGGCUGACGGUGCUCAAAGAUCCAAUGCUGGUCAAGGUUCGCCUGCUUCAAACUGCGAUGGUAGCCACUCUGAUUGGAUCGAUCUACUUCGGUCAGAAGUUGGACCAGGACGGCGUGAUGAACAUCAACGGGGCACUGUUUCUGUUCCUAACCAACAUGACCUUCCAGAAUGUGUUUGCAGUGAUCAAUGUGUUUAGCGCCGAGUUACCGGUGUUUUUGCGCGAGAAACGAUCCCGGCUGUUCCGGGUUGAUACGUAUUUUCUGGGAAAAACGAUAGCCGAGGUGCCGCUGUUUAUAGCGGUUCCAUUUGUGUUUACCUCGAUCACCUAUCCGAUGAUCGGGCUGCAGUCGGGCGGAUGGCACUAUCUAGUGACGCUCUUUAUCGUGACCCUGGUAGCCAACGUGGCGACAUCUUUUGGCUACCUCAUCUCCUGCGCCAGUUCGUCUAUCUCGAUGGCCCUGUCGGUGGGUCCGCCGGUCAUCAUCCCAUUCCUGAUCUUCGGAGGCUUCUUUCUGAACUCGGCCUCGGUACCGUCCUACUUCCAGUAUCUGUCCUACCUGUCGUGGUUCCGCUACGCCAACGAGGCACUGCUCAUCAACCAGUGGAGUACGGUGGAUGAGGGCGCGAUCGCCUGCUCCCGAGGGAACGUCACCUGUCCCAGUUCCGGGCAGAUCAUCCUGGAGACGUUCAAUUUCCACGUGGAGGAUUUUACCUUCGACAUAAUCUGCUUAAGUUCGUUGAUUGUGAUUUUCCGUUUGGGUGCGCUGUUCUGCCUAUGGCUGCGAUCCCGAAGCAAAGAGUAAAGGGGGGAGUUGGCCGACGUUAGCGCUAAGCACUGCCGAUUAGCAACCAUCUCCGUAGCUUAGGAUUAAGGGAUGUCAUCACGUGUUUAGAAUAGUUCCCGGUGUUAUCUCUAUUUGACUAGAGCAGAUUUAUGGGGGAUUGGUUUGUUCAAAUAGUUUGUAACGUAACGUAAUUGUUUGUUUCAAUGUGUCAUUUUUCUCUCUUCAACUGAUAAUGAAUAAAAAAUCAUCAGUUCUUACCCGUCGCCAAAUGUGUUACGAAAAUUUUCGGCCAACCCCACAAAGCCAUUGUAACAAUGAUUGUUUAAUUUCUCUUCAAUGACGAUAGCCAAAUUCUUUCUAUUCGAUAUUUUUAUUAUAUAAAAAAAA